AUGUUAGUUACCAUACUCCUCCGAAACGGUUUGACCGAUUUUUAUGAAAUUUUAUAUGCAUAUUCAGAAAGUCUGAUAAUCGGCUACUAUCUAAGUUUUGUGUCGUUGACAUGUAAUGGCAGUAGACAGUAUUGUGCACUCGGGUGCAGUGGUGCUUCACGUUUGAUAAUUAUAGCCCGCCGUUGGACGGUGGGAGGGAAACUAGGAAAGUCUGAAAACGUGGGUAAACGCCAUCUAAGUGACUGUUAUCAGUUGAGGUACGCGGCAGCGGUAUACUCAACAGGCGCGAUCUGUUAUCCGAAGUUCCGAAGUGAAAAUAUAUCAAUAUCACGAAUCCCUAUUAUACCUACAGAUGUGCCAAUUCAAUUUAAACGUAUUCAGUUUCCGAUUAGAUUGGCAUUUGCAAUGACUAUCAAUAAGUUCCAAGGCCAAACGACGUCUGUUUGUGGCUUAGAUUUGAGCACACCAUGUUUUUCACACAGACAAUUAUACAAGGCAUGCUCUCGAGUGGGUAAACCAUCCAGUUUGUUUGAGUUAACUAAAGAUGGGCUAACAAAAAAUAUUGUUCACGCUAUAACAUUAAAAAAUUGAUAUUGUUUGUUAGUG